AUGCCAUCCCCUCGGUUCCUCGCUGCUGCUCUCUACCAGGGUGAUGAUCUGAACCGUAUUUCCUACGCUUCCCAGAACACUUCUGCCAGUGCCGCUCCUUCUGCACAAGGUUCCUCUGUCUAUGCACUUAAUGCCCAUUCGGGUCAGCCUCUCUAUGACAGUGGUCCCGAUGGCGAGCAAGGUCCCGGCGAUGGUGCUCAGUCUCCUCUCUAUCUUUCUGAGAAGCGCGCCGCUUAUGCCGCUCCCGCCGCCAAAUCCAAGCGCAAGCUGCUUAUCGCCGGUGCUGCGCUAGCAGCUGUUAUUGUCGCCAUCGCCGUCGUCGUUCCUGUAUAUUUCACCGUUGUAAAACCAAAAUCGGAUGCUGCGGCUUCUUCUACCGGGUCCUCCAAUCCUGCUAGUCCUUCUUCGACUUCGGGUACCGGAUCUCCCUCGGCAGUAACUGGUGGGAACGGCAGCAAAAUCACUACCGAAGAUGGCACUACUUUCAUUUACACCAACCCUUUUGGCGGUUUCUGGUACUGGGACCCAAAUGAUCCGUUCAACAACAAUGCGCAGGCGCAGUCGUGGACUCCACCGCUCAAUCAAACCUUCCAGUUUGGCGUUGACAGAAUCUUUGGUGUUAAUUUGGGUGGCUGGCUGACCACUGAACCUGUCACCAAUGUGCCUGCUCUUUACGAGAAAUACCAAAGCACCACACCUCAGGCCGUAGACGAGUGGACACUAAGUGAGGCCAUGGCAGCUGAUACUGCUAACGGAGGUCUUUCUCAGUUGGUGACACACUAUGAGACUUUCAUCACCGAGCAGGAUUUUGCAGAAAUUGCAGGGGCCGGCCUUAACUUUGUCCGUAUACCGUUGCCCUACUGGGCGAUCGAGACGCGCGAAGGGGAGCCUUUCCUCCCAAAGACUUCUUGGACCUACUUCCUCAAAGCCAUCCAGUGGGCUCGCAAGUAUGGGUUACGCAUAAACCUUGAUUUCCACGCUCUUCCCGGCAGCCAGAAUGGCUGGAAUCACUCCGGCAAGCUGGGCUCAAUAAACGUACUCAACGGACCUAUGGGCCUCGCGAACGCUCAACGCUCUCUUGAUUAUAUCCGCAUUAUUGCCGAGUUCAUAUCCCAACCUGAGUAUCGGGACGUCGUCGUCAUGUUCGGCAUUACAAACGAACCCGAGGCUCCUACCAUGGGCCAAGAACAACUCUCUAGAUAUUACCUCCAGGCUUAUCAAUACGUACGUGGAGCCUCGGGAAUCGGUGAAGGAAAUGGACCAUUCAUCUCCUUCCAUGACGGUUUCCUGGGGCUUAACCAGUGGGCUGGUUUCCUUCCCAAUGCCGAUCGAACUGCGUUGGACGAUCACCCCUACCUUUGCUUCUCUACGCAGUCCUCUGCCCCGAUGUCCAGUUAUGCUCAAACACCUUGCGAUUCUUGGUCUGCGGGCUUCAAUACUUCCAUGUCGGCCUUUGGGAUGACGGCAGCCGGUGAAUGGAGCAAUGCUGUUACCGACUGUGGGUUGUGGGUUAAUGGUGUGGGUCUCGGUACUCGUUAUGAGGGAACAUAUCCCGGAGAUUGGCCCGUGGUUGGUAACUGCACACCCUGGACUGACUGGCAGAACUGGAAUGCGACAAUGAAGCAAGAUAUCUCGAACUUCGCUCUUGCAAGUAUGGAUGCCCUGCAGAAUUGGUUUUUCUGGACUUGGAAAAUUGGCAAUUCCUCAACUACAGGUAUCGUGGAAGCUCCCCAGUGGUCGUAUCAGCUUGGAUUGCAGAAUGGAUGGAUGCCUACGGAUCCACGUGUGGCUUCCGGCACAUGCGCAAACCAAAACAUCUGGAGCCCACCCCUUCAAGCAUGGCAAACAGGUGGUGCAGGUGCGGGUCAAAUUGCCGCUUCUGUCAGCUCAGAGUAUUCGUGGCCUCCUGCCACUAUCAGUAAUGCCGGUGCGAUUACGUCCCUGCCUUCGUACACACCCACGGGCACUGUUGCCACGCUUCCUCCGCCCACUUUCACAGUCACUUCCGCGAAAUCCGUCCAGACGGCGAGCGCAGGAAAUGGGUGGAAUAACCCCUCCGACACUGCUGGAGAAAUGAUUGGGAUUGCAACCUGCAGCUAUCUCAACCCCUGGAUCGGCCCAAGCGCGGCUCCCCCUUCCCCUCUGUGCAGUAGUGCCGCAGCGGCUCGCGCAAUUCUCCAACCACGUGUUACCCCAUUCCCCUCAAGGAUGUAA